CUAAAAGAAAAGGCGAAAGCAUCCACGACGUUUGCUCGGAUUUUGGAGAGGAUUUUCCCCAAAGAAAGAAUACAACAAUUGGCCAACAAAUAGUGAAGCAAGCAAAUUUCGCCACCCUUUUCGCACGAUGGAGGAAGACUGGGAAGCACUGGCAGAACAGAAGGACGAGAAGCUGUUUGCGAGGGCAGAUGUGAACAAGUGGGCUGGCGAGGACGAGGAUGAUGUAAAGGACAACUGGGAAGACGAGGAGGAAGAGGAAGAGAAAAAAGAUGUACAGAAACUUGAAGAUACUCCUACUAAAAAUGUUAAGCCGAAAAAAACUACCCAACAGAAGCUGCUCGAGAAAGGGAAACUGAAACAAGAAGAACUGGAGCGACUUCGAAGAGAAGAAGAAGAGGAAGAAAAUCUUACGCCGGAAGAGCGGUUGGCGCAAAAACGACGGUUGCAGAAACUUCAGGAAGAGAACGACCUCAAGACAGCCAUGGAAACGCUAGGAAUUUCGCCAAUGUCUACCGGAAAUGGCAUCGAUGGGAUGCAUCCGACGACGAAAGAGGAAUUCAGUGAACUAGCCGAAGCAAUUAGUAAAAAGCUCUCCAAUUAUCGGGCGAGCAAUGAAUAUCAAGGGUUUUUGGAGGAUCUGCUUCUUAAACUUUUCGCCAGCUUAUCCUCCAACAAUAUCAGGAAAGCCAAAACUACAUUAGACAACUUGUACUUGGAAAAGCAAAAGGUCGAGAAAGGUGACAAACCAAAGAAGACCAAAGGCAUCAAAGUGAAAGCAAAGUUGCGUGUCGAAGGAGAAAAUACUACUUUGAACGAAUAUACUACCAAGUACGAUGACUACGAUGAUUACGAUGACUUUAUGUAACGGUUGUUGAUGUACAUGUCGGUUGAAAUCUGCACCAAUGCGGUCGUCGUCAUCGGAAGAACCAUUGCCAUCACCACAUGUCCCGAAAUGUCAUCAGAAAGGUUAAUCAACGUCGUCGAACGACUUGAGCAAACGGCAGGAGAGUUGAAAUACACACACACAAGAUAGCGGGAGUAGAAUAAGAAAAUUAUUUACAUAAGCAGCGUAUCCUCAAUGUUACACGGUUCAGUUUUGUUACAUUUCAACCCGUUUUUGAUAAUAACCAACAUGACAGUCAAUAAAAGAGGGAAUGCCGUACUCGGUCAACUAUAGGAUAAAAACUAUGCAAAAAACAUUUAAAGAAUACAUAGCACAGUAACCAACCAAGCAUACUUACAUUCAAGUUUGGUAAAAGUAGGAUUGUUCUAAUCAAAAGAGUAAGGUUCCAUCGUAGAUAACACAGAAACACAAUAGGUGUACUAUUGAAACAAACAAUAGACGACCAAUAUACUUGUAAAUAAAAACGAGGAGAUUGCAAACGGGCAAUGCUGCAGAAUAUGUUAACUGAUGACGAUGUCUAACUGGGGUGUAUUUGAUACAAUGUA